UUCAUUCUGAGUGAACUCACAGAAUAUCCGGCACAGAAGCUGUAUUUGUCACUGAGGAACCGACUCUGCUCCAGAGACCCAGUUACAGCCAUCAAGAGACAGGAAUGGCUGCAGGAAGGAGAGUCCUGGUUGGGAUUUUCUCCAGGGAGAGUGAGGAGUCAUACAAAUGGCUGAUCAACAUCUUAAUCUCCUUCAAAGAAGUCGACGUCCGACCCGUUCUCAUUUCCAACUCCCGUUGUCUUACGGAAGAUAUCAGCAAGUGCGACGUUGCCAUUCUCUAUCACUCCCAGAACAGAGGAAGGAUAAACAUCACAGAUGUCACCGACUCGCUAUAUGAUGAGGAACUCAAGCUUCUGUCUAAGUGGCUUGGGAAAGAGAACGUCAUGGUGGUGGUUGAUGACCUCACAGACAUCAACCAACAGCUGAAGAAUAGGAUCCUACAGCACCAACCAAGCAUUGGGGAGCUGGCCAAUGAGCUCUUCCUUUUCAGCGUCAACGAGAAGUCUUCCGAGGCUCUGAUGUCAGAUGAUUUCAGGGAGAACAAAAUGAAAGAGAUGGAGAAUAUAAUCAAGGAAAAGAGAAAGAAGAAAGCCCCUGUUCAUAGUUUUGUUCCCAUUGGAAACCUCAUGCCGGAAAAUUCCAGAAUAAACAUCACUGGCUUCUUAAAGAAACAUGCUAUACUGAUAUCUGGACUUACAGUUAUAUUUCUGGUUGUGGUCAUUGUUAUCAGUCGGAAUAGAUACACGGAGCACUUGAAGCCUACGGCGGGGUACCCAACUGCAAGCAACAUGUCCACCCCCUGGCACCCAGAAACCAUCACAUCAAGCCUCCCUCUUAACAACUCCCUUCAUCCAACCAACCUCACUUUCUAUUCUGUAGAUACCAAAUCCGAGCCUGGAAAUGGCACCCAGGAGUCUCCAACAUCAACAUUCCAGGCCAACAAUGGCACCCACAGUCCGGGAAGGGUUUCAACAAACGGUUCAGAUUUUGAAACUUAAAAGAGUAUUGAGUGAUUUAGCAUUUUUGAUGCUGAGUUCAUGGCGUUUAUGAGUAAAUGUUGCUUUAGCCCUGGCCCAUUGCUUGAGUUGAAGAUCUCUUGCUUCUCCUACUGUAAACUGGCACCGACCUGAUGUUGGCCAAUGUGUCAGUCAUAGACUUGCUUCCCUUCCCCUAUUAAGCUGCUCCUUGACUUUUAUUGUCCAAACCACUUCCACUUGCUCUUCUCUCUAUAAGAUGUCUUCUGUCUCCUCUAGACAAACUAGAAUACCUGGGGGCAGAUUCCAUUGAUACUUUUCUCAAGGUCUAAAUCUCUAACCUUAAGGCGUCUAUGGCAGAAAAAUGCCAAAAAGAGAGACCUAGCUGCUGUAUUUACAUUCAGGCUACUCCUCGGCAUGCCUAUUCCCCUCAUGCAACAAAUCCCACUCGUAGGUCGUUUAGUAAUGCCUAAUCCAGGAAAAGGAACUUCUUUCAUUUGGAGAGGCACCGUAGGGUCCCCUGGGUGAGAUAUUCCAUUAGCGAGCAGCAGUAUGGGAAACCACACACCAGCUUUUUAUAACACGGGUUCCCAAUUCAUGGGAAUUAAGCAUUAUAAUAAAGAGUGAGUAUUGACCCAUAGGCUUAAAUGCCCCCUAUGGCUUUAAAUCCCUACAGGUUCAGUUCCCUUAGUUGCUGGGUAGAAGGGAAUGUAUUUAUUUACAUACGUAUGCUAUUGGUUAGAAGGUAUGGUGACCACUUCCUGCCUCACUUUGGUAUAGUGCUGGGAAAGGAGUGGCACUUCCUCUUUGCCUCUUCAACCUGAGGAACAGGGUAGAUGUUGCUGUGAGCCUGAGCCUGGGCCUAGUUAAUGUCGGGGAACAGGGUCCCGUGAAUGGGUAGAACUAGAAAGAGCAGUUCUGGGCUCCUACAUAGGAGCGGUAGUUUUGGAGGUAUCUCUCCCAGGCCACAUUGCCUGUAGUGCAGGGAUCCCAGUGAAUAGGGAAUCAGGAUAGAGAAUUCCCUGAGGGGAUCCACUAUGGGGUGAACCAGAGGGGAGGUGAGAUUCCUGCCAAGUCUGCACUCAGGGGAGUGUCAGUCUGUAUUUCAUUUGAUUUUGUCCGUACCACUUGCCUCUAUGAAGCUGUAUUGUGAGUAACCCUGUGGGGGUUCAAUAAACACUUGUUAUU